GUCCAAUCAAGAGUUGAUUACAGAUGUGAUGUGCAGCCUACUGCCCAAAUUGGGGGGACUUCUAUUUUGGCUAAGCAAAUUUAUCAUUUCGGUUCAAAAGUUGGUUUGUUUUUUUGGUAUUUUAAGGGAAGGGGGGGCAAAUCGGAAAAACUCCCCCACCGGGCCACCGCAUCUUCUAGAUCCACAACUCCAAAACCUCUACUGAGCAGCAGCAAAUCCCCACCCAAAAUGGUUGCCGUUGCCGAACUAAUACAACUUACUUGAGAAAAAUUAAAAACCCAUACCGGGACUGACCGGAGUCACCGUCGUAAAUCCUCCUUUACGCCGGUGUCUCCGCCGCAGUUCUGCCGAAAUCCGCCUUUACUCCAUCACCGUGAAAAAUGCAGCGUGGCUGGAAAUUUUCUUUCCAUGUGAGCGUCGUCGUAGCUUCCAUCAUUUACAUCUACUUCUCGACGGUCUUCAUUUACAUAGAUCACUGGUUUGGGCUGUGGACUUCUCCCGGCUUACUUAAUGCCUUCGUUUUUACCUUCUUAACCGCUAUGUGUGUCUAUACUUAUGCUCGUGCCGUCUUUACUGACCCCGGCCGGAUCCCCUCCUCCUUCAUCCCGGACGUUGAGGAUGCCGAUAACCCUAUUCAUGAGAUCAAGCGCAAGGGUGGGGAUUUAAGAUACUGCCAAAAGUGUGCCCUUCAUAAACCUCCACGUGCGCAUCAUUGCCGUGUAUGUAAUAGAUGUGUGUUGCGAAUGGAUCACCAUUGCGUGUGGUUGAAUAAUUGUGUGGGCCAUGCAAACUAUAAGAUCUUUUUCGUCUUCGUCAUGUACGCUGUUGUGUCGUGCAUAUACUCCCUGGUGCUGCUUGUUGGUAGUCUGACAAUUGAUUCACCCAAGGAUGACGAAGAAAAUGAAAGCUUUUUCCGGACUUUUUAUGUGAUUUCUGGGCUACUACUACUGCCAUUGAGCAUUGCUCUGUCCUUUUUCUGGAGUUGGCAUGUUUAUCUAGUUUUGCAGAAUAAGACCACAAUAGAGUAUCAUGAAGGUGUCCGAGCAAUGUGGCUUGCAGAAAAAGGAGGUUUUUUAUAUUCACAUCCCUACAAUCUUGGCGCUUAUGAAAAUCUGAUAUCAGUUUUAGGUCCAAAUAUUCUUUGCUGGGUAUGCCCCACAGCGGAUCAUAUUGGUUCUGGCCUUCGAUUUCGUACAGGGGUUGAUAAGCAAGCGGCAACUUGAGUUAGAUAGAUGUCUUUUAGUAGUCUCAUGACAAGUUCUGGUGAUGGUCAAAGAAAAAGUUGUGGUUUCGAGGAUCAAAAGUCGGGUUCAUUUGUAGAGCAGAGGGCUGAAGAUGCUCACUCAGUGCUCCCAGUUGCAGCCCAGUUGGAGAUUCUCAUGCUUCUUCUCUGUGCAAUUUCAGCAACUUGGAGAGAGAGAGAGAGUUUGACUCUCCAACAUGCAACAUGAUUCGAUGAAUAGUCCAACAGUAAUUAGUAGCUUGUGGAGGCGCCUUGAUGUGAAAAUAGGGUGUGUUUUUUUUUCCUUUGAAUUUAGGUUUUGGUUUAAUAUAGAGCUCCCGUACUAUGAUGUAAAAAUAACAGAAGUUUUCAAGUCUAACCCAAAGGCAAUAGCAGUUAGAGGAACACAAAAGCCAAACUGUAACGCAGGAAAAAAAAAAUUGUUGUAUCAUUGUAAUUCCCAUAGGGUGUAUUGAGUAAUAAUAACUGAUGAAAAAAAGUUUUGAUUUGAUUUGAGUCUAGGCGACAUUUCUCGUUAUUCCAAUAUAUUGGGGAGCUCUACAAGUAAAAAUCUGACAA